UAUAUAUAUAUAUAUACUUUUAGAGAGUGCAGAUAAUGAGAGAACCCAAAAUCAGAGUUCGGUAAAAGCACCCAUUUUGCAUUUGGAACUCUGCACUGUAUCAGACUAGAGAAAGAUUGUAGAUGUAAUGCCAAGAACAAGAUUAUCUACAAAGCAUCACCUAUAGUAUUAAUUUUGUUUAUAAUAUGAUUAGUGGAAAAUCAUAUCUGCCUCUGACGAUUUGGCCACCACUAGUGAGUGAAGUGCAUGAAAUGGAAAGCACAACAACUCAUGCAGCCCAUGUUAGUUUUUUUUUCCUCUCUCUCUCCUUUGAAAAUUAAACAAAACAAAAUAAAUCAACAAACGCCUUUGUUCUCAAAUGAGAAGUAUUUGACGGUUCGAAUAAAAUUAAAUUAAAAGAUACUGACAAAGAAUUCAUACUCCAAGGAAAACUCAACCUUAUGUGACACUUCACCUUUUGGUUUGAUAACAACAUAACUUAAGUACAUAACAAUAUCACCUCUUAUUGCAUGCUUUGAUUGAACAAGUCUUAGUCCAUGCUCACCAUACCCCAUUGCCUCCUUAUCAUUUUCUCCUCUUUCAUUCCUUUACCAUUAUUACUCCUCCAAAGUCCAAACCACACCCUUCAUUGCUAGAACAAUAUUCUAUGCAUAGGAAAUUGAAAAGGAAAAGAAAGCAGAAAAAAAAAAUCUGAAAAGAUCAUAGAUGGGUCGAGUGAUACAUGUUGCGGUGGUGGCAGCCUCAUUGGGAUGUGUUUCAACCCUUUUGCUGGUUUUUAUAUGGCGUUUGUGUCACCACAAGAAAGAGCACAAAGACUUUGUUGAGGCCAAUAGGAUCACCAGAAUGGAGAGCCUCCAAGCAGGAAUUGCAAGACUUCAUCAACAACCAUCAAUCUAUCACCAAUUUGAUCACAAAAACAAAAACAAAGGUAAAUUUUAUGUGUUUCAUAAUGGUGUCUCAAGAAGAGGACACUUGUUUAACUGGGAUGAUCAUCCCUACCUUGUUGUUGAUGCUGUGGAAAAUGGUUGGUCUAGAUUUGCUUUUAGUAACUACAAGAGCAACAUGACAUCUCAUUUAAAGAGAUCAACCCUUUUAGGAGCAUGUGCAGCUGGUGAAUAUGGAAUGAAAACUAAUGCUGAGAUAAGCUGGGAAGUGUGCAAUGGAUCAGCUGAAUAUAUGCAGAAGAUUAGGCUCAAUCCUGGGUUAAAAAAGGUUCUUCACACAAACAACUCUUCCAAUAUGAGUGUUGCUUCUGUCAUUAGGACGGUUUUACCUCUUCCUGGCCCUCCUUUGGGGAACUAUGCCUUCCCACAAGAGGCCUAUUUUGAAAUCACCAUCUUGUUUUCUCAUAUCGAUGAUCAUGAAUUGGUUGUUGCGAAGAGAGAAGGGGAGAAGACAAAACUCCUCAUUGAAGAUGGUUCCAAUGGAGCAAGUGAAUUGGACACUGUUGAAGAAAUGAAACUUGGCCAGAAAGAGGGUGGUGAAAAGAGUGGAUCUGUGAUGUUCUCAUUGGGGUUAACAGCUGGAGGGGGUGUUCCUUUGACAGUUCCAGGUAGCUACCCUCGGAGCAUUGGAUUCAAUUCCAAUGGUUCUGUCUUUCUUGAAGGAAUGAAACUUGUAAUGGAGUCUGAGAAGGCACAAUGGAUAGGAACUGAUAGGGUAAUUGGUUGCGGGUUUGAUCCAAGGCAGAAAAAGGUUUUCUUCACAUUGGACUCAGAGUUGGUGCAUGUCAUCCACUGCCAGUCAGAGGAAUUUGCCACUCCACUCUGUCCAACUUUGGCUGCAAAUAUAGACAUUCAGGUUUUGGUUAAUUUUGGACAAAGUGCAUUCAAAUAUGCACCUGCAAAUGCGCAAAGAACACCAAAUCCAUGCUUCAUAGCCCCACUUGUGAAUUCCCCUGGUGCUACCCUUGGCUAUGAUGACAGCAAGGAGCUCUUCUCCAUGGGAAGGAUUGAUUCUCAGUGGCUUAAUCGAUCCGCAAACAAAGGAAAUCACCACAAUGGGAAUAGUACUCAAGUCUUAGAUUUUGAUGAGUCUGAGGCUGAUCUAUUUGAAAUAGUCUUGGAUGUCUCAAAACACAGUGCCAUAGCUCACAGAAAAUGAGGCAUAAUUGGAUGCAAUUAAACUUUAUUUCUCCUUGUUCAAAUACCCUUUGAUCUCUCUCCGUCAACUGCACCUGCUGUGAAGAGAGAAAAUGAUACAAGUUCAAUAACUGGAGAGGAUCUAGGCCCAUUCAAACACGGUAUUGUAUGGCGUUGCUGCACAUACAUCACCUUCAUUUGGAAGCAUGUUAUGAUCUCAUCCAUCAUCUGAGAAGCAUCUUCGGCAGCCAUAAGGUCUUAAUGAAUCAGUCCUGAAUACGAAUGUAGAAAACACACAGAAAGAGGUUAACUUUAUUGUCAACCGUGGAGAGUUUCUGACUAACUAAUCAUAACAGUUUUUUUUUUUUUUUGUCUCUUCCUUUCUACUCUUGAAACAUAUUAUAUUUCUUCUUUGGUGGCUAAGCACCUGGUUUUACCUUUUAGAAGAAAGCUUAAUCUUCCAUCUGUAAAUAACUAUGUAAUCUGAUGGUAUAUUAUACUUUCUGGCUUUCUCAUUCAA